AUGUCGACUUUUACCGCCCUUAAUGGGGGCUCACCUCCUAGGGCUUCUGAUCCGCCCACCGUGACUGUUGAAAAGAGCUCCGCCUCAGAUGAACGCGCACACAGCACGGCCGCGACUCAGCCUCCGCCCACCCCUGAGCUAUCAGCGAACCAAAGACCCGCCCAGGAUACUGACCGACCAUCAUUCCAAUCGCCCGGCUACCCCGACGUAGAGGGCUCUCACAAGCGCAAGCGCUCCGACUCUCUUGAACAGCGACGAGAUCCUAUGCCUCAGGAUCGGUCUCCGGAAGUAGUGACAGGCCCUCCCCAACCUGAUUCACGCGAGCCUUACGGAACUCCUUCAAGAGAUUAUCGACAUUACGGCGAUGAGCACCGGGACAAGGACUCCUGGUAUGCGCAGCAGGGACGUGAUGAGCGCAGUUAUGAUUCUCAGCAGAACUCUGCCACCUCAGCCCACGGCCAGACGGAGGAGCAGAUCAGCGAUGCGCUACGAAGGGCUGCUGGCCAGAUGGACCACGGCGACUACUCCAACGCCAGCCUCGAGGGCGAUGACCGGUCCAUGAUGUAUGGCGGUCAGUACACGCCCGAGCAAAGGCGCGAUGGCGUCUUGCAGCACGACCCCAAGAAACGGAAGAGGAACUUUAGCAAUCGAACCAAGACAGGCUGUCUGACCUGUCGUAAACGCAAGAAGAAGUGCGAUGAGCAAAAGCCCGAGUGCGGUAACUGUCUCCGUGGUAGUUUUGUCUGUGCUGGCUACCCUCCUCAACGGGGCCCAGGGUGGCAGAAGCCCGACAGCAAGGCCGCAGCAGUUCCCCUCGAGUCCAAGGAUCCGACUUAUGUGCCACCAGGAGCUUACGGAAUGCCACAACCAGGCCCUUACGGUGCCCAGCCGGUGAAGCGCGAACCCCUGCCGCCGUAUCGCGGCCAGGCCUUGCGGAUUGACCCCCCACAAGGCCGCCCUUUGGUGACCGAGGACGACCGGCCAACGGCAUCAACAUUGCCCAGCGCGUCCGUCACAAGUCCCGAAAACAAACUCUCUGCCAUGCCUUAUACUCCCGCAAACGUAUUUCCAACUCCAGUCAGCGCAAAUCCUCAACCACCACCGCCUUUUGGAGAAAGGAUGACCAAGGAAUAUCAGCGCGUGCCUCCUCUGCACGAUCUCAGCAGGACGGAGCCUGAGACUCCCCAUCCUGGGAACCAGCUCCCGCAGAUCAAAGUCUUGCAACCGACGAGGACGAAUAGUCCGGCUCCUCCUCCGCCUGCACCAACCUCGAAUGCCCAGGUCGCAGCACAACUGGCCCUCUCGCACUCGCAGUUCCCGCAGAGACGGACACAGAAAGAGGAGAUGCUAUCAGGAAGACACUUCUAUCCCUUCGACAAGGAGCUUUGCCUGGAGCGUGAGCGUUGCGCCGCAGCCUGCUGGAGAUUCAACAACCUCACCACUCCGCCGACCAUCGGCGUGUCUACUGAGGAGCGAGCUCGACUGUUUCUCGAGAUUCUCAAACCCCGCGAUCCCGUUCGAGUCUCUCCAACGGAGCUCUCACCAGUCACCAACGUGGGCCGCGUCGGUAGUCAUGUCACUGUCGAGACUCCCUUCACCUGUGACUACGGAUACAACAUUACCAUCGGACACCAUGUGGCAAUUGGACGCAAUUGCACAAUCAAUGAUGUUGGCGAAGUCAAGAUCGGCGACAACUGUGUGAUUGGACCCAAUGUCAGCAUCUUCACGGCCUCGCUCCCCAUCGACCCCAAGAAGCGCCAGGGUGGGCAGGGUCCCCAGCUUGGAAAGCCCAUCAUCAUUGAGCAGGACUGCUGGAUCGGCGGAGGUGCCAUGAUCCUUCCUGGGCGAACCAUUGGCAAGGGUAGCACUGUCGGCGCUGGGUCAAUUGUGACCAAGGAUGUUCCUCCAUUCACAAUUGUAGCUGGAAACCCCGCAAGGGUUCUCCGCGGCAUCGCUUCAUAA